AGGAUGAAGGGUUAAAAGCUCCGCGCGCAGGCGCUGCCCUCUGAACUGGAACGGAAAGCAACUUCCGGCCGACUCUUUCGGCCCGGCGCCGCCGCUCCGGGGUGUGAGAGACAGGCGCGGAAACCCUGAACUGUGAGUAAGAAACUUCGCGAACGAGUUGGUUUGUCGGAACCCGUCGAGCACAGCGGCGGGGAAGUUGUGUGUGUGAGCGAGGGCGGUACGCUGGCAGUACGGGUGCCGCAGGGAAACAAGCCGACGAGCCGCGGAGACGACCUGUUCUCAGAGUGGAGAGGAACGUUGAGCCAGAAAAACUACCCGGGUGUGCGUCCCGGAGCGGACCCGGGAGGGGCUUUCCGAGCCCGCGACGUCAGCGCAGCAACGUUCUCCCCGCCGCGACGCUCUCUGGGGAGGGAUCCAGCUCAACUCCGCGUCCACGGUUCGCGGUGACUUGACUUCCACGCCGGGGAAGAGGGGAGGCAGGGCUUGCGAUGUCAGGACCUGUCAUAUACUCCAUCCUUUAUAGUGAUGCUACAGAACAGAGAGGAAUGGAUAAAAAUAUUGGUGAGCAACUCAAUAAAGCUUACGAAGCCUUUCGACAGGCAUGUAUGGAUAGAGAUUCUGCAGUGAAAGAACUACAGCAAAAGCAGACUGAGAACUAUGAGCAGAGAAUACGUGAGCAACAGGAACAGCUGUCACUUCAACAAACUAUUAUUGACAAGCUAAAAUCACAGUUAUUCCUUGUGAAUUCCAGUCAAGGUUUUUGUCUUGCAGAUAACAGUUUUGGCAAUGUUCCCCUGCUUGAAGACAGUGAAGCAAGGAAGAAUAAUUUGACUCUUGAGCAGCCACAUGAUAAAGUAAAAUCAGGAAUACCAAGAGAAAAAGAAUUAAAGGUAAGAAGACAAGAGGUUUCUUCUCCUAGAAAAGAAACUUCACCAAGGAGUCUUGGCAUUCCUUUAUUCCAUGAAAGGGCUUAUAUAGAGAAGACUUUCCAGGAUCUAAAAGAAGAAUUUCAUAGAUUAUGCAUGCUAGCAAAAGCACAAAAAGACCACUUAAGCAAACUUAAUAUACCAGCCACUGCAACUGAAACGCAGUGCUCUCUCCCUAUACAGUGUACAGAUAAAACAGAUAAACAAGAAGCGCUGUUUAAGCCUCAGGCUAAAGAUGAUAUAAAUAGAGGUGCACCAUGCGUCACAUCUGUCACACCAAGAGGACUGGGCCGAGAUGAGGAAGAUACCUCUUUCGAAUCACUCUCUAAAUUCAAUGUCAAGUUUCCACCUACGGACAAUGACUCUACUUUUUUACAUAGUACUCCAGAAAGACCCAAUAUCCUUGGUCCUGUCACAUCUGAGGCACUGUGCCAGGAUAAAUUUAAUAUGGAGUUCAGAGACAACUCGGGAAACUUUGUUAAAACAGAAGAAACUUUAUUUGAAAUUCAGGGAAUUGACCCCAUAGCAUCAGCUAUACAAAACCUUAAGGUAACUGACAAAACAAAACCCUCCAAUCUUGUGAACACAUGUAUCAGGACAACUCUGGAUAGAGCUCCGUGUGUGCCACCUGGAAACCGUAAUGCAUUAUAUGUAAAUACAUUACCACUUCAGGACCCGUCUGAUGCACCUUUUGCUUCACUUGAUUCCCCGGGAAAAGCUAUCCGAGGACCACAGCAGCCCAUUUGGAAGCCCUUUCCUAAUCAAGACAGUGACUUAUCAUCGGUACUAAGUGGCACAGGCUCAGAACUGCAUAUACCUCGAGUGUGUGAAUUCUGUCAAGCGGUUUUCCCACCGUCCAUUACAUCCAGGGGGGAUUUCCUCCGGCAUCUUAAUUCACAUUUUAAUGGGGAGACUUAAGUUGCAGUUGAAAACAGCUCUGUGUGAUGAUUCUAUGUGAUCAUCAAGUUCUAUGUGAUGAUCUUGGGUUUGUAAUACUAUAAAUAAUUGAUUGCAAACUUAGUUCAAGAUUGUUUAUUGAAAAAUAGCUGGGUCACAGCUAUUUGAGUUUUUCCCUAAACUUGCAUUGUAACUUUUCUUUUAUCAUCUUUUAAAAGAUCAUUCUGUACGAAACUAAUUCAUUAUAUUCAUGUUUACAGUGUUUCUUACCUUAAUUUAUGUUUGUUUCAAAUAUCUAAGCUUAUUGCUUGGAUUUCUAGUUCGAUCUGUUGAAUUUGGUGAUAUCAAAUGUUUAUAGGGUUUUUCACCUAAAAAUUAGAUUAUUUAUGCUAUAGGUGAUUUUUUUAAAAAAUAAACCUAUAAUACAGAACAGCAGACAACAUAAAUGUCUAAGUAAAUACCAAACCUAAGACAUGUGUUGCCAAGUGAUAAAAUCAGUGGUAGAAUUAUUUAAACACUUUAGAUUGUUUUGUUAAUAAUAUACAUGGUUUAAAUUUUACUGUGUUUAUAGCUACGUGAUGAAAUGAGUUAAAUAUUUAAAAAAUUACUUGUGUUGUGAUCAUUAAAUGUGUUCUUUGUUCCUGAGUGAAAAAAAUAAAGGAAUAAAUCACA